CUCAAGCCUCUCUUCAGCAUCACACAAUUAGUGAGAGGAAUCAUAAGAUGAGAUAUGCCGUUGCCGUGUCCAAUGGCGUAAGAAGCAUCAAAUUUCAUUCGCUCUCUGUCCGCUAUCCAGCCCUGAGGUGUCUUCAUUCCUCUGCGCGUAGGCACAGCCCACAGCAUCCCAGCAGCCCCGAUGCUCUCGAUCCGCGCCUGGAAGACCUGGGGAACGUUAUCAGAGAUGAGUAUGCAAUAAUCCGGGAGAAUUACAAUGCCCCAAAACACGCAGUUGUUCUCGCGCAUGGCCUGCUUGGAUUCGCAGAGCUGCGUCUUGCUGGACGUUAUCUUCCUGGAGUUCAAUAUUGGCGUGGUAUUAAGGAAGCUUUAUCGAUGCAAGGGGUUCGGGUCAUCACUGCCACAGUGCCUCCCUCCGCAUCCAUCGAAAUGCGUGCCGAAGAAUUAGCGAGAGAUAUCGCCGCCGGUGCACCCGGAGAACAUGUAAAUAUUAUUGCUCAUAGCAUGUCGUUGUUGACACUUCCCUUAGGGGUAAGAACCAGGAAAGUCUACCCUUCGAUAGCAGAUAUUAAUCAGUGCUCAAGCGGGCUUGACUCUCGAUACAUGAUCACUCAUUUGAAGCCGACUGAUUUCAAAGUAAAAUCGUUGACCACGAUUGCGACUCCCCAUAGAGGCUCUGCUGUUGCAGACUUCGCCCUCAAGCAGAUUGGCGAUGACCGCCUUGCCCAGCUGUACUAUGCUCUAGACCGGCUAAAGGUAGAAACGGGCGCGUUCGCCCAACUAACCCGUGACUAUAUGACAAACACCUUCAACCCCGCAACGCCAGACAUUGAAGAUGUCCGAUACUUUUCGUACGGGGCGGCAAUGCAGCCAAGUUUCUGGUCCGUCUUCCGUCUAUCCCACCGUCUUCUGGAACAAAUAGAAGGGUACAAUGAUGGACUUGUCAGCGUUGCCAGCAGCAAGUGGGGAGCAUACAAGGGCACCCUGGAGGGCGUCAGCCACUUGGACUUGAUCAACUGGAGCAAUCGACUCAAGUGGCUGGCCGGAGAAAUUACAGGCAACAGACAAAGGUUCAACGCCAUUGCAUUCUACCUUGAUAUUGCAGACAUGCUCGCUAAGGAAGGACUCUGA